AUGGAUGAUUUCUCCGACGACGAUUUGGACAACCUGAAUGACACCAUCCUCCAAGAGCUUGAGAACAACGCCAUUCAGUUCACCCAGAUACAGCGCAAGACCGACUCGCAGGCUUAUGACCGUUCUCAAAUCGAGACUUACGACGACCUCGAGUUCGAAGACGACGACCUCGACGAUACCGAGGUUACCAACGAGCUCUUACCCUCAAUUGCCCGUCCGGUCGCCGACAAGAGCCUUGCUCACCACCAGCCUCAACCACCUAGACACCCUCCGCCGCAGCAACGAUGGAACCCUGCACCGCCAACCGCCCAGCCGCCCGUCCUCUCCUCAUGGCCUCAAUACCAUUCGGGUGCUUCGCAGCCCUUUCUACCCCGAACCGUCGGGGCACCUAAUCAACCCAAUCCAAGUCAUUACGCCCGACCUCCCCCUCCUCCCGUUUCUUUACGCUUCAAUACCCAGCAGUCUCAGCCGCCAGUCCAUGAGGCGAUCGGCAACGAUGUCGUCGCUGCCUUGCAACAAAGGGUCAAGGCCCUCGAGUCUGAGCUCAACUCUGCCCGUGGUGAGGUCACCAUCAUACGCAACAACUCCACAAAAUCCGCACAAGACCAUGCCGCCGAGGUUGCCCGUCUAAAGAGGCAGAAUGCCGAACAGGUCGCCAAGCAGGAAAGGGCUGCCGAGGCUGCCAUUGCUGCCGAGAGGCAGGCCACUACCGAGUUGCAGUUUUUGCAGCGUGAUAUUAAGGAGGUGUCAAGUCGUCCUCGGCCGCGAGAGAUCGCUCCAAUGCCUGCAGCACCGGGAAUCACCACCCCCAAGAAGACGGCCAAGACAUGGGGCAUGGCCGACGGUUUUGAUAACAUGGAAAUUGCCCAGAGCCCGAGCAAGACGAAGGGUAAGUCUCGGGAUGUCGGUCCCGUCGCGGUGCCUUUGUCCGAUAGGACACCUACCAAAAACAAACGGAAACGACCAACAGUUGACAGUCCGGCCAUGGCGCUGGAAACUCACGCCGGGGACGUCAUCAUGCUGGACGAAGUGACGACUGCCACGUCCGCACUUCGUUAUACGGCCCCUGGCCCAAAUGCUCUUCCUUUUGAAUUCCUCCAAGUCAUCUUGGAUCAUGGGUCUCUACAUGGAGAGCCGCCUACCUUUGACAUCUUGUCACGCUACUCCUAUCCUUCUGAUCCUACGACGUCUUUUGCUUCUCUCAUCUUUCGGGAACUACCUCUGAUGGGCAACCCGUUGAAUCCGGUUCAGCUUUUAAUAGACUUCGCCAACCUUGUCAUCCGUAUGUGGAGCCAGUGUUUGGACGAGGAUUUUCUACGACCGAUCUGGGACUUGGCCUCGCUUCUCUCAUUCACUCUCCAGCUACAGACUAUAUCCGUGGCACCGCAAAUCAUCAACGAAUCCGUCCCGGUCCUGCAGCAGUCCAUUUACAAGGUUGCCGAAGCACGGUUCAAGAGCAUAGAUGGUAAUAUUUCAUCCGAUCCUAGCACGGAAGCAAUGCAGCAGCAGGUUGACACGACAUACAUUUUAUCUCUUCUAUAUGCCUCCGCUGCCGCCUGUGCUACCACUCUGACAGAGACGGAAAACGGCGCGCAAAUGAGGCAAGCUGGCUUUUGGCAAUUGAUCACACUCGAUUUAGUUCUGAUUUUGCUCACGCCCAAGCAACGCUUGGACGACAUCAUUGGCAUGCUCGACAUGCUUUGCACUUCCGCACUACCAAACUCCAUUGGCCCUAUCAUUUCUGGGAAAGAGCCCGACUUGGUCGCCAGAAUGGUCAUUGAUAAAGUGUCUCUCAACCUGGUUGAUUUUCCUCGAGCCGCUGCUUCAACCAUUCAGAAACACGCUGUAAGAUUUGCAGUUCUGCGGACACUCAUGGCCUUCGCUGGUACCCCGUAUGGGGCACGACAGAUUGCCGGCCACGUCAGCGUCAUCCCACGUCUAGUCACAGCGUUGAGUGAGCUAGUGGAUAUUCUGUACGACGUUUCUACCCCUGUGGUGAAUACCGUUGGUGGCGUUUCUUGCAACACACGCAGGGACCGGGCCGUGAGUGCUACCCCGGACGACCCCCGCAGCAGUGCCGACGACUGGGGUGACGGCCGUAAUGACCCGUCCGUCCUGAUAUCGCAAAUCAUCUUGCUACUACAUACCUUGGUGACGGAUCCGACUACGGCAAACGCCGCCAACAUUCUAAACAAGCUUUCAAUAUCACAUGGAGGUUCUCAGCGGUACAUUCUCUCUCUUUCGAGACUCAACUUUGCUGAGGAAGACUUGGUGUACGAAGCGGCCAUCGAUGCCGACACGGUGGAUAGGGCUCAUGAGCUACUGGAGCUUGCCGUCACUCCAGACGAAGGUGACAGUAUUGCAGUGUCGUUUGGGGUGUGA